AUGGACAAAGAACCACGUUUGAAGAGCUCAAAGUUUUUUGAUUACAAAUGUUCGGGAAUUUUGGGCAUACACAAGUUCUUCAUUGAGGAACCAGCGUCUAAAUGGUGCCUGGAAGCGUUCAUGAACAAGUUUGUAGAUGAGAAAGAGAUGGAACUAAGUUUUGAACAAAUCCAAGAACUCUUUUUGGCUAACCUACGACAAAUUACUAACCAGAAGAAUGUCGAUAGUCCUAUUCGUGCAUUUUGUACAGACUAUACUGAAUGGAUACAAUCGUGGAAGGGGCAAGCAGUUUCGAAGGCAUGUAAGGAGUUUUAUGAAGAAUGGAUAGAUAUAGGAAUAUCUUUACGGCAAAAACGCAAACAUAAGGAAAUCGCCGAGGAUUUCGUUUCUGAAAAUGCGAAAUAUAUAGCAUUUCAAAAUACCAUUAUCCAAAGACCCCAAAGAGCCCAAACGCCUUCACACCAGUCACGGGCUCAAACGCCUCCGCACCAGUCACGGGUUCAAACACCUCCACCUAGGUCGCCACGAUCCCUGACACCAACCACACCGAAUAAAAGGAUGAUAGAACACGAAAAAAUCGUGUGCGUGUUUGGCACAAAUAAAUCUAAAUCGGAGGAACUAGUAGGAAAAGAAUUGGCAAAUAAGAUAUCCUCAUAUCGAAAGCGGAUACCUUCUACCUGGACAAGUGGUUUAGAGAAAUACUUGAAGGAUGUGUUUAAUAAAACGGAAAAACAAUUCAAAUUGGCGAUACAGGAGGAAAUAAUAGGAGAGGACGGAAACAAAUUCAGAGUAUACUGCGAAAAAGUGUUAAUGGAAUUUUAUAAUCUAGUCGAUGUUUUCCCAACACUUUCGAGGAAGAUCAAAGAAAGAAAGUUUACGAUAUACCAUAUUUCACCCUUGUUUAAGUUAUAUGAAUCCACUUUUGGAACCUUAGAAUUCGACUGGAUAGAAUCUCAUGCGCAAUCAGCAAAAAUUAUGAAGUCUUCGAUUGAUUCAGGAAUCGUAUUAGUAGACGUUAAUGGAGUUCGGGUCAGAGAUUACAAAGAAAUCUUUCAUAUGGAGGUCUCGGGACCGCCAAGCAACCCGACAAUUCGUCAUACUACAGGUGAUACAAAGAAGACAUUACACACUGACAUUUUGAAUUUGGUGGACGUUUUAAGUGAUCAUCUUGAUCUUGAUGUGAAGUUAGCAAAAGAAGUUAAAGUGUAUAGUAUGCAAGUCAUUGCAUACCGGCUGACAUUGUAUGCCCUUAGUAUGAUGGAAGACGGCAGGUUCAUUGCAUAUGAGCUAUCAUCUGCGGAGUUGCCAUUUGACUUUGAUUCACGUUCAAAGUACAUGGCAGUCCUGCGGAUGAUGGCUAUUUUCCAUGACGAAAUGGUCCAACAGGCAGUUAUCAUGAACGAAAUAGAUAGUAUUCUCAUUCCUUCCGAAGGCACAUGUGUUCGAGAUGUCUUGAAGAUUCCGGAAAACUUGCGAAAUUUAUAA